AUGGAGAAGAAAUUAAGGAAGAAGAAGUUUAGGAAGGAGAAGAAGUUAAGGAAGAAGAAGUUUUGGAUGGAGAAGAAGUUAUGGAUAAAGAAGAAAGUAUGGAUGGGGAAGAAGUUUGGGAUGGAGAAGAAUCUACUAAUUAAGGAAGCAGAAAAAGUUAAGGAGGAUGGAGAAGAAGUUAGAGAAGGAGAAAAGCAUAAGAAUGAAGAACAAGUUAUGGAAGGAGAAGAAGUUAAGGAUGGAGAAAUAGUUUGGGAUGCGGAAGAAAUGAAGGAAGGAGAAGAGGUUAAGGAAGAAGAAGAAGAAGUUUUGGAUUGA